AUGAGUCUUCAACAAGAAAGUUUGGUUCUUUUCAUCAUCAUCUUCGCAAUUUUUAUUGCCACAACAAGUAAUACAGCCAGAGCUCAGAGGUCCAACAGCAGCAAUUGUGUCUCUUCAUGUGGAACUGGGAAAUCAGCCAAGGUUGUCCCAUUCCCUUUUGGUUUCUCAAGUGGAUGCCCCAUCAAUUUAAGCUGCAACCACAGAGUAGGUGAUAUCAGAAUCGGUGAAUUUCAAGUCCUGAACAUAACCCCAAAUGGUAUCUUGAUCAGUAUUCUAGCAGACUGUAAUCGUUCCAUUGAAAAAAUCAAGCCGCUUUUUGGUCAAAACUUCAGUCCUUCUAUGAAAAACAGUUUGUUACUUCAAAAUUGUAACAAGUCUUUAAGUGGUUGUGUUAUUCCAGCAAGUUCAUUAAAAAAAGACUUGAAUUUAACAAAUUGUGAUUCUAAAAGUGACAACUUGAGUUGCUACCCACAAGUGCACGGAGAUUUUGGUACUUUUACUUAUGAUAAUGUGAGUUCAACUCACUGCAAGUCCAUUUUCUCUUCUCUUGUUCCUGGGUCGGAGAGUCCAGUUGUUUCUCUCCAGCUUCAAAGAGUUGAAUUGGAAUGGUGGAUUAAAGGUGACUGUCGAAGUAAUCCUUGUUCAAAUAACGCGAAUUGUAGUGCAGUUAAGCUUGGGAAUGGGAGUACUGCUGGAUUCAGGUGUCACUGCAUCAGUGGGUUGGUCGGAGAUGGGUUUAAAACCGGGAAUGGCUGCCGGAGAGUUUCAAAGUGCAAUGCUUCAAAGUACAUGUCUGGUGAAUGUGGAGGAACCACUAGAGUAGGUGUUCUUGUUGGAGGACUUAUUGCUGGAGCUUUAUUGAUGGCUGGUGUGGCCCUUCUCUGUUAUUUUGUUCGGCAGAAGUCCAAUUCUUUGCGAAGUCAGUUAAGUGCAAAGCGCCUUCUAUGUGAAGCUGCAGGCAACUCUAGUGUUCCAUUUUUCCAAUAUAAAGAAAUUGAAAGGGCCACUAAUGGUUUCUCAGAGAAACAAAGGCUAGGAACUGGAGCCUAUGGUACAGUUUAUGCAGGAAAACUCCACAAUGAUGAUUUGGUGGCCAUAAAAAAGAUCAGACAUAGAGAUACCGAUAGCAUUGAUCAAGUCAUGAAUGAAAUCAAGCUCCUUUCAUCAGUGAGCCAUCCGAAUCUAGUUCGUCUUUUAGGCUGUUGCAUAGAAGAGGGUGAACCAAUCCUAGUGUAUGAAUUUAUGCCCAAUGGAACUUUGUGUCAGCAUCUACAACGAGAAAGGGGCAGCGGGCUCCCAUGGACAAUUAGGCUUACCGUUGCUGCUGAAACUGCUAAAGCCAUUGCCUAUCUCCAUUCAGCCAUGAAUCCACCAAUUUACCACCGGGAUAUAAAAUCUAGCAAUAUACUCUUAGAUUACAACUAUAGAUCAAAGGUAGCUGAUUUCGGUCUUUCCAGACUUGGCAUGGUCGAAUCAUCUCACAUAUCAACAGCCCCGCAAGGGACUCCAGGCUAUCUUGAUCCUCAAUACCAUCAAUAUUUCCAUCUUUCUGAUAAAAGUGAUGUUUACAGUUUCGGAGUAGUUCUUGUAGAGAUCAUAACUGCGCUGAAGGUAGUUGAUUUUUCCCGCUCUCACAGUGAGGUUAAUUUGGCUGCACUUGCCAUUGAUAGGAUUGGAAGAGGUUGUGUGGAUGAGAUAAUAGAUCCAUUUCUUGACCCUAAUAGAGAUGCUUGGACCUUAUCAUCCAUUCAUAGUGUGGCCGAGCUUGCUUUUAGAUGCCUGGCUUUUCAUAGGGAUAUGAGGCCUACUAUGAUGGAAGUGGCAGAAGAGCUAGAACAGAUUAGGCUCAGUGCAUGGCUUCCAACCAUGUACUUGGCAUCGCCGUCAGUUUCCUCUUGUUCCUCGGAAAGUGGAAGUCAGAAAUCACUGAGCGUCUCUAUCGGCAAAAAGGCAGGGGUAGCUAGUCGGAGAGUACUUGUUCCACAGAGAACAACAGACUGUUUGACUUCAUUGGAAGAGGCAAAGGAUAGCUCCCCAGUUUCUGUGCAGGAUCCUUGGUUGAGCGAACAGAGCUCGCCUUCAACGAACAGCUUGUUGGGUAAUGUAGCUCAUUGA